AUGUUCGAUAAAAUUAAACUGAGAAAGGCGCCGAUUUCCCUUUCGUCGGUGUCUAACGCAAUCAAGACAUCCGGAAACACCGAUCUCUCGCCUAAUGAUCUUCAUGCAAAGCAAAUAGACAUCUACACUGCGUCUCAAUUGGGGAUCCCCAAGAAUUCGAUUCUUGCUGUGGCCCAUGACCCUGUGCAAUCGCUUUUGGCAAUUUCAACAAACAAGAAUGAAAUUAGGGUUUAUGGUCAGAACCAUGUGGAAGUAGUGUUCGAGUUCAAGCAAACCAGCCCUAUUACUGACUUGAUGUUUGUAAGAGGGAUCUAUCUUGUGGCUGCCCUGACAAAAGGAGGGGGAAUCACUGUGAUUUCCCUUCACCAGAAGACAAUCUUGGGGACUUACUCACCCCCCGGUGCCAUUACGGCUGUCUGCUCUGAUCCAUCUUUGGACUGGCUUAUCGUUGGGUUGGCAAAUGGUCAGAUCGUGGUCUAUGAUGUCGAUAGGACAAACUUGACUCCGUUUAGAGUGGAUAACUUACAGAAAAGAAUUCUUCCUAAAGAGAAAUUGCUGGCCGUAUUGGCUAUAGAGUGGCAUCCCAGGGAUAUUGGGUCGAUCUUGGUCACCUACUCGCACUCUACGGUACUUUUCUCUAUGGUUACUGGUGAGAUUGUUUCCCUGUUUGUAUAUGAAUUGAAGAAGGGUUCUGCUGGGUUUGCACGAGCACAGUAUAUUGCCAAUGAUGGUAAAAAGAAAUUGUUCGGAUCGUCCUCCGCACCAGUGAUCCCAGAGGUUAUUGAAUCCCAUUUCCAUCCUAACGGAUUGCAUAUCGUGACCAUUCACAGGGAUAACAGUAUUGUCUUUUGGGACGCACAGGACGGAACCUUACUUCAAGCAAGAGGUCUUUUCGAAUUGAAUUUGACCGGUCCAGCCCCCCCAGACUCGUCUGCUUUCUCUCCGCCUACUAUAGAGAACGAAAUACAAACUUGCAAGUGGGUAUGCGGAGCCGAUCCAGAAAAUACCCAAUUGAUAGUUGCUGUGGCUAAUAACGUUCAUGUCUUUGAUUUUGGUGUUACACUAAAGUAUUCUAUGACUACUCAUGAGAGACAACUGGGAUUUUACGGACUGCCAGCUAAUGGUCAAAGCGUAAUACCCAUAACUUUUAAUGCAGGCAAAAGCGACCAAGUGGAAUUUCUUGAUAAAAUUGUGCCCAUUACUUUGGAUGGUAUUCCAUAUUUCUCCGGAUGUUCGAACCCAAGUUAUCUAAUACUUUUGAGUAACAAGGGUGCAUUUUAUUUGGCUGAAUACAAGUCACUGAAUUCCAAAAAUGCUCCCGCUGCUGCAGCUCCAUCAAAACCAGCAUUUGACCCUUACAGUAUCUCCAAGGGUACAUCCUAUCUGGACUAUGCAGACUUUGAUAGUAAUAAUUCGCAGGGAGGGGAUGCUUCAUCUACCAAACCAGACACCUUUUUGGUUCUUCCUCCAUCUGUUGGUCUCGUACAACCGCCCGUUGUCUUCUCGCAAGUUGUUCAAGUGCGUAAGAUUGAUUGGUUCGGAAUUUGCUCAGGCAAAUCAAAUGCUUCAGCAUUAGACAAUCCUACAUUAUUGAAAGGUGGAGCUCCAGCAGAUAAUUUCAGAAAGACACCAAAACCAAUUGGAUAUGAUGACGUAAGUAAAAAUAUUCUUGUGACUGGUCACGAACGUGGAAGAGUUCGUAUGUUGGAUAUCUCUAGAGGAGAACACCAAGAUUUACAAGACAUCUUACAAAUUUCCCUUGUGGGUGUACUUCAUAAAACCCUGUCUUCCCUGUUAAAUGUAGAUGAAGUAAGUUGCGCAUUUGAAAGCAAGGAAGUUCUUAUUGGUAUGAAAAAUGGGUAUGUGGUUGUUUGUAAGUUUGGUAGACUGAAAAAUGGCUCUAGUGGUGACUUUAGUAAGAGAGAUUACUCAGAUUGUCCAGUGAUGCAUAAGAACAAUGAUGCCUCCAUCAUAAGUAUUUCCCAUAGAGUCCCAAAGAAUCUUUCGAACUCCAACACCUUUUUCCCAUUUGCUCUUUUGACCAUUCCAACUGCUACAAAGGACAGAAUUAGUUGUUUGAAAAUGAGUGAUGUAGGAUUCGCUGCGAUUGCUUAUAAAUCAGGUAGGUUAAUUGUGUGUGAUAUAAGUAGAGGUCCUGCUAUAAUUGCCAACUAUGAAAGUAUUUUACAAUUCAUCCCAUCCGUCCAAGGUGUUUGUUAUGCAACUACAAUGGAAUUUUCAAUUUUAGAAUUUGGACAGGAUGGUUACUCAUCAGUGAUGUUGACACUUGGAACGUGUGCUGGAGGAAAUUUGCUAAUGUUCAAAAUUAUCCCUCAAGCUAAUGGGGCAUUCGAAUGUGUAUUUGUUGAUAAGACUCUUGGGUUGAACUACAAGUCAAAAGAUAAUUCCAGUCCAGAGGACUCUAAAUUGACUCAGAUAAUUCCGAUCUCCGUUAAAAAUGGUGACUCUUCAAUAGCUCAAUUAUCCAUGUUCCAGAAAUUAAGUCAGGGGAUAGUCAUCCCAUCAUACGUGAUCAUAUCUUCAGCAAGAGAUGUAAGAAUCAUGAAAUUACCCAAACAAAAAUUAUCACAUAAGGUGAUUGAGGAGACAUGCCUCAGAACGGGGAUAAUUAGGAUUAGAGGUAAGGGAAUCAUGUUAGCAGUAUUACUAAGAACUGGGUUCAUAAAAUUCUUAUCAGUUCCUUCUUUGAACGAGAUUAUUGAUUUCAAAUUACCAAAGGACAUCUAUUUACAAGUCAGAGAUGCUUUAGAAUCCGGAAUUGCAUCUGAUUCAGAUAUACUACCAAGUGGUGAAAUAUUUUUAAGAACAGGCCAAAGUGAAUGUAUUUUGCUAUCCACGUUUUUGCAAGAUCAGAAGAUUGGAAAAAAGCUGGUGGAGACGAAGACCGACUUAUUAUUUAAUGAAAACGCCAUAAUCCCUUUAAGACCAAGCGCUGGAUCUCUACAAUGGGUGAAGGGACAGACUAAGUAUGUCAGUUUGCAAGAUUUGAAUGUUUUAAUUGCAGGUCCAAAUAGGAAACCACCUAAAAAUGAAGAAACAAGGUUGGCCUUCAACAUUAGUCCAGAAGCAAAUCCAAAUCAAAGUUAUGGUUUUGCUGCAGGUUCAAGCAAUAGCGGAACCAGUGCAAAGGAUUACAAAGACCCAGUAAGAGGAGGAGCUAAUUCGAAAGGAGGAUAUAACUUUGGCACAAAUGGGUUUAUGAGAAGUUUGCAGACGGGAAUUGAGAGUAUAGAGGAAUCUGUCAAUGGGUAUGCAAAUAACAUGAGUGAGGCAAUGACUGAAAGUGUGGAGGGUUCUAAAAAGUCAAUGUACCUGGCCGCUUUAAAAAAUAAAAUGGGAUUUUGA